AUGAUAAGUGGGAAAAGCAAUGAUGCGAUAUCAAAGAGUCCUUUAAAAAGCAACAGUAUAAAACUAAUAAAAGUUCCGAAAUUUGUUGCAAGUCAAUGGCUUGAAUAUAAUGAUAAAGAUAUUGUUGGAUUACUUGAAGAAAACAAUAAUGAAAUAUCAGCUAUAUAUAUUCAGAAAGAAAAUAGUGAAGAGGUAAAAAAAUUACCAUGUAAUAAAAAUAGUACAGUAAGUACAUAUAUACUAAAAGAGGAAAAGGUAUCACUAAACAUAAACAAUAAAAAUCCAAACUCUGUAAAUAAUAAUUUGAGUAAUAAAACAAAUGAGAAUAUGAAUCAAGAUAACUUAGAAGCUGAUAAAGAAGCAGUAGAUUAUGUUGUUUGUGCUGAUAUAAUAAAUAAUUGUAGUUACACAUAUUCAUUUCUACCAACAUUAGAUAAGGAUUAUUCUUUAGUAUUAAAGGAAAGGCAUUAUAAAAUGAAUGUUAAAAAAGAUAGAUAUACAAUUAUUGAAACAAGAAAUGAAGAUAAUAUAGAUUCAUCUCAUACUUUGUUUAAAUAUUAUAACACGGCUGAGGACGGAUCAAAUAGCAAUUUAAAUAGUAAAGAUCCGAGAGACAAUAAUAUUGAUAAUAGUAAUAAAUAUGGUAAAAGCAAUAAGCGUGGGCUUAUGGAUAAUGAUAGUAAUAUUGGGCCAUAUUCGGCAUCUAAACAAAAAGCAAAACAAGCAAAAAAAAUGCAUGUUUUUGAUUUAGAUAAAACUAAAAUUAGUAUGUUUAAAAUAUUUGAAAAGGAGGGUAAAAAAGGAGUCCCAUUUUCUUUUUUUUCUAAAAGUUUUAGCAUACCAUCAAAUUAUAUAAAAAAUAUAUUAGAUGAAAUAGCUGUUAAAAGAAAAAGAGUUUCUGAUAAAAAAACUGUUUAUUUUUUGAAAGAUUACAUAAGUUAA